UAUAGUUUGGAAAACGUCUGAUAAACACUUCCGGUUUUGUUAUUUAUUUUUAAUUCACGUGUUUUAUUUCCAGUUUUUGUGAAAUAGAACUAGGCCUACUUGUCCAGGAAGAACAGGUUUUCAGAAGAUGGAACAAGAUGAACAGGACACGUAUAAACUCUGGAGAAUCAGAAAAACGAUAAUGCAGCUUUGUCAUGAUCGAGGAUAUUUAGUGACACAAGAUGAAUUGGAUCAAACAUUAGAUGAAUUUAAAACACAGUUUGGUGAUAAACCCAGUGAAAGAAAACCAAGUCGAAGUGAUCUGAUUGUUUUAGUUGCUCACAAUGAUGAUCCUACAGAUCAGAUGUUUGUCUUUUUCCCCGAUGAACCAAAAGUUGGAAUAAAAACAAUAAAAACUUACUGUCAGAGAAUGCAGGAAGAAAAUAUAUCUCGAGCUAUUAUAGUGGUACAACUUGGAAUGACACCUUCUGCAAAACAGUCUCUUGUAGAAAUGGCACCUAAGUAUAUUUUAGAACAAUUUAUAGAAGCUGAGUUAUUAGUUAAUAUUACAGAACACAUGUUGGUACCUGAACAUGUGGUCAUGACAUCAGAAGAGAAAGCUGAAUUACUUGUUCGAUAUAAAUUAAAGGAAGCCAUGAUUCCCCGUAUACAGUGUGGUGAUCCAGUAGCCAGAUAUUUUGGUUUAAAACGAGGGCAGGUUGUUAAGAUUAUCCGACCUAGUGAAACAGCAGGACGUUACGUCAGUUACAGGCUUGUUGUGUGACGAAAGCAUCAUGGCUGGGGAGGAAUUAUCAUCACAUACAUCAUCAAUUAUCAUUCAUUUAUAUCAUAAAUAUUCAAUAGUUCAUUGACACUUAUACAGCUGAAAUUUAAAUUUUCAUUAAAUUUGCAUUUUACUUGAGUUCAUCAUGGACAAUUCAGAACAAUUUGCUACUACACAGAACUGAAUAUACGGUAGAUUAUAAUAAUAAGUGACAUUCAAGUCUGGAUAUAAGGCAUCUGCCACAGGUUUUGUUUGUCAGACACAGAUUAUCACACAGUGUAUAUAUUAUAACAUAUACAUUAUGUAAUAAUCGUGCCUGACAAUGUCUGUCGCAGGAGAAACCACGGUGGCUAAGUGAGUAAGAGGCUGGCUCGCUAGUCUGAAUGUCUCGGGUUUGAUCUCAGUGUUGGUCAAGAAAGUUAACAGGAUUUUCCGGCAUGGUUUCACCCUUGUCAGUGGUGCAGGACGGAGGGCCUGACAAGAACAGCUGUCUAGUCAUUCGGAUGGGACAAUAAACCAAGAUCCUGUUUAAACAUUGGCGUGCACGUAAAAGAUCCCUUGGCAGUUGGAAUUCAAUAAAAGAGUAGACUGUCAGGGCAAAAUUUCCUUCAUAGCACACUGUAUGGUGUAUGCCCGUCUUCAUUAGCCCAGUCGGAGCAGAACGGUAGGACGUUAAACCCCACUUCAUUUCAUUUCAUAAUGUCUGUCCAGACUUGUGUGAUAAUCUGUUCUGGACAAAGUCUGUGCCAGGUGCUUUAUCUCAAGGCUUGGUUACAUUGCUCGGUAUUAAAAUACAACUUUAGUUAAAUAAAGAUUGUUUAUUUUGUAUAUUAAAAACAUGAGUACGAUUGUAUUUUGUCCUCCCAUGAGAUAGGAAUUAUCAUAUUAAAAAAACAACAAAUAUUCAUUGUAAAUAAAUACAUGUAAAACCUAUCAGCGCAGUUUUAAAAAGUUGGGAUGAAAUAUCUAAUUUGUAAAGAAUAAGACAGCUGCUUGUCACCAUUGUUGUAAAUAGAAAAGUAAACAAUAAAUAACUAAUAAAAAAAUA